GGAUCAUGAAAGGAUAUCAAAUUAUGUUUAUCUGUCAUCCACUUUUUGCAAUUGUGGUAAAACUUAUUUUGACAUAAACCAGUAUGGUAUCAUCUACUUUUGAGCACGGUGAACAUUUACAGUGAAAUUAAAGUGCGCGACUACAAUGGAAAUUAUUAUAUGAAUGACAAUUGUGUAAUAUUUACUAGUAAGCUGAAGGAUUAGGAGUUCCAAAAUGAGCAUAAGAUAUUGGACAAGAUCUGACCUCAGAAUGUUGACACCGUUUUCGCUAGUUGUUUCAUUAGCAACCGUCUCGGUCGCAACCGGGACGUAUGUGAUAUCUUUUCCAAACUCACUAAUCCCGGGUAUUCCAUUACAAAUGCGAGUUCUUGUUCAGAACUGCAAUGGACCAGUUUCUGUGUGGGCUGGUGUGAAAUAUGUACAGAAUGAUUCCCUGGUCGCAGAAAAUACAACAUCUGUUCAGAGUGGAAUAUCUACGAUAUUGUCUAUCAAUGUACCUGGUAACUUGCUACCUUCAGAGUAUAAAGUAGAUACUUUGGGGUCAGGAGGCCUUGUUUUUGAAAACAGUUCUAACAUUCGUUUUGAAGACAGAGGUUUGAUAGUGUUAAUCCAGACUGAUAAGACACAAUAUUCCGCAGGACAGACAGUUAAGUAUCGAGCAGUACUUCUUCUUCCGAACCUGUUGAACUUCCAAGGACAAGCAACUGUUACAAUUCAGGAUGGAAAUAACAAUAGAAUUGAAGUUAACGGACCAAAUUCCGUUACCAAUGGCGUCAUAUCGGGACAGUUAGAGCUCAGCAGAUAUCCUGUCUUUGGACGUUGGAAACUAGUGAUUGAUGCUAUGGGAAAAACAACCUCAAAGACAUUUGAAGUAAAUGACUACGUUCUUCCAAAGUUUACAGUUCAAAUUACCUUACCGGCAGAAAUACAUUCAACACAGACGACAUUUACAGUAGACGUGAAAGCAAUGUUCACGUUUAAUACAGACGUCACUGGAAAUUGCACUGUCCUACUUUACAACGAAGAUAAGCCGUCGAAUAACUUUGAGCUGAAGGCAGAGUUGAAAGGGUCGGUACAGUUUACUGUUCAGAUGUCCCAGAUAAACAAUGAAUUAGACCUGGACUCAAAGAUAAAUAUUCGAGCUAUGGUGACCGACCACGCUACUGCCCUGACAAUGGUAGCCGAAAGAACUAUGAACAUUGUAUUCGACAUACAGGAUUCUGUUACCAUCUCCAAAGUAGACCUAUAUAAAAACAGUUUCAUACCUGGAAUGACUUAUCGUACAAAGCUCCGCGUCCAACGAGGUAAUCAGCCAGUCGGACAAAGUGGGUACUUAACUGUGACACCGACGGUAACAACUACUGUUUUGGAAACAUGCAUCCUAGGAAAUCCUGCAUAUACAUGGCUCAAUGUUCAGGAGAUUACUGGGGAACCUAUGUCAGUUCCCUUCAAUGAGUUAGGAUAUGCAGAUCUUAGCUAUCAUGUUGAUAGUGAUAACGCAGAAAAGUUAUCCUUGAAGGUACAGCUUAAUGAUCCCAGUAUACAACCAUCUUCAUCUUACCAAACAAUUAACCUGUAUGCAUUGUCUACUAGUAUGCCUUUGAUUCGGAUGCAUGCCAACGAAGUACAAACAACGAUCGAUGAAAGUGUCUCUCUUGAUAUUACUGCAACGGAAAAUCUCAAUGGAAAUCUAACUUUCGAGGUUUAUUCUAGGGGAAUGCUGCUGACAUCUGAACAUGUAGCAAUCAACGGUGUAUCGAGUAAAACACAUAGCAUAUCUGUGACAAAGGAUAUGAUUCCACAGGCGUACAUCUUAGUCCAUCAUUUAACUCAAUCGGGUUAUUUGAUUGCUGAUUAUGUGUUCAUACAAGUCGAAGGGAAUCCAAUCAGUAACGAGGUUCGUGUAUCGUACGAUCAAAAUCUACUUCAACCAGGACAAGAAGUGGACAUUCGUAUAUCUGCCGAUCCCAGUUCAACUGUGUUCGUCUUGGUGGAGGACGAAAGAAAUCGGAUCAUUGGAACGCAUAACGAUAUAUUCUAUUCAGAUGUUAUAAGUGGAAUAUCGGGUACGAGUUAUAGCGUAUCUGAGAACAUUAUGAGUAAAGUCAACAAAAGAAAGAAGCCUGAUGCUAUGGUAAACAAGUUGUCAUUGGCCAAGCGUUCACAUGGAUCUUUAGGGGAUUUGGAUGACGUACAUAUCGAAACUGGGCUUGUAAUUCUCUCUGAUGGUUACAUUCUUGAACAGAAGAAGGAUUCGCUUUUAGACGAAGGGUAUAAGCGAGAAUGUGUGACACCAACUACAAGGGCUCCAAAACGUGGAGGUUGGGUUUUUGGAUGGAGACGGAGUAUUGGAAGGACAACCUCUUCUAGCAGCAAGUAUUGUACAAUCUAGUUGUUUUAAUGUUCAAAUGAUCAAGACCUCGCCUGCUUCGUUUAGUAGGGAGAGCGUAGAUCACGGAUUCGAUCCCUUGGCGGUGUAUACUAGUUUGUGACAAUUUGAUAAAAGACAUUGUGGUAAUCAAGUUUGUUCUCCACCUCUGAAACAUGUGGGGGAAAUUGGCAUUUACUUGGGGAGAACAGGUUAGUCCUGGUAAAGAAUCAAGGUAUAUGUCCGCCGUUACUUAAUUUAAAUACUGUUGUAAAACAGUGUUUAACCAAAUAACAACUAACAGAUUACAUGAUAUAAGACAGAAAAUAAAAUAUUAUGUACUCUUACUGAAUGGUUUAUCGGUCAAUAGUUCGAAGUACCAAGCUUCGGCAAUCCAUUCAGUAAGUGCUUACUUUAUCAUACCAUACAUAAAUUGAGAGUAUUUUUCUUAAGUUUUGACUUUAUACUGUGUUGAAUUAUAGACCGGCAAAUAGCACGAACUAUGAACCGGAUAUUUAUAAAAAGAAUCGUGUCAUACCAGCUGUUAUUUCAAAUAAGACAAUUGUUACAUCGAACUCUUCUGUUUUCUUUUAGAUCAACUUUUCGGUAAGUAUCAUUUUACAAUUUUGAUCGUGUUUAAUAUUUUAAAUAGAAUAGUUUGCCAAGCGAAAGCUGAAAACCCCAAAUAUAUAGAGUCUUACUUAAUUUCUAGGACAGUUUACUGUCGAAUGUCCAUAUGAGAUGAAAUAAAGUUCAUUUGACUUUCUUGCUUAUGCAUAGACCAUAUUCAGUUAACUGUAACGAUUAACUUGAUUUUCUGAAUUUUGUUUAAAUGAACUUAGAACAUACUAGUAUCAUGCAAACAUGUACUUAUUGCUGUCGUUCAAAAGCAACGGCUUAAAUUUUGAUUUUACGAACAUGAUAUGAAUGGUGGGGAUGUU